GCUAUCUUGGCUCAUUUGGCACUACACAUACAUCAAUAAUAACACACUCGGUGUUUUAAUGAGUUAACAUUCUGACCUUGAAAAAGAAUUCAUAAACUAACUUGCCAGCAAGUUAUUAUCAUUUACUAUCAGUAAAGACAUAAUUCACUGCUGCUUCGUUCAAUAAGAUGUCAGAAACGAGCCAGGUUCCAGCACCCGUCAGGGCCCAGCGUGCAACUGGAAUGUCUAAUGGUUUAUCAUACUCGACACUGAACAAAUCACCCACAAAGCAAGCUUUCAACACCCUCAAGAAUUUUCUUAGAAGUAAGAGUUCAAUUUCAGAUUUACGAAUGUGGUCAGAUUCUAAGAAAGAAGAUGUGAGAGAAUAUCCUGGAUAUCCAGAGCCCUUAGUACUCGGACGUUUACAUGAGAGCAAGAGCUCCUCAAGGUUAUCGGACUUCAAAUUUAAAGGCCCACGGAGAAAAAGGUCUUUGGGUUGUCUUGUCCCUCCACCUCACGGAGAACAUUUCAGCAAGCACCAAUUUUCGAACCAUGAAUACCCUAACAGCUCUUCAGAAAGUGUACAUGAUACAAGACCGUUUAUCGUACCCAUUCCAGCCCCUCAAAAAUUUCACUCUGCUGCAUCAUCCCCCCAGUUGAAUUUAAUUCGAAACUCUACUUCAACCAAAACUUCAACCAAAACUUCACCUACAAAAGCAAGCUUUUCCUUAGAUGGAAACACAUCAUACAGCACUUAUAACGGGUACAAUUCCAGUAAUGAUACUGAUCAACUACCACCUUCCACACCAUGUAUGUCGGAUUCAUACGCAUUUUCAAGAGAAUGGGUGGCUCCGAACACUAUAAGGGGUACAUAUAUACACGACUGGACAGAUAAUGCAAGUCCACGAUCGCUCACAGAAAGCUUGAAGGUUGGUAAAGUCGAAACACCAUCAAUGAGAAUAACUCAAUCUUCAAACCAUACUCCGACAAGAAAUCAUAACGGCAACGCAAGUAUAUCAAGCCUGGGACAAGUUUCCACCAGUGACAAAACAAUGUUAUCUUCUGAUUCUUUUUUGCUUGAUGCUGUUACCCAUGUUGCUAAAAGUGCACCGGAUCAGUCAAAACUAAAGCUAGAUCUGAGAGAUUUAUCUAAACCAAGUAACCCACAUCCAUCUCCAUGCACGAUUGACAACAAGCAAGAACCCAUACUCAAGCUUGGAGAGCCAAUUAUAAUUUCUUCUAAAGCUACCGAGUGCAAUACUAGAUCAGAAUCUACAUCUGAUUCAGACACCGCGUCAAUUUCUUCCCGACAUUCACAAGGUUCACAAUUUUCUUUCAUGCCGAAUAGGACUCCAUCCAUAAGGUUUUAUAAAUCUAACGAACAGGUUGCGCUAGAGAAAGCUAUGGACGAUGAUCGGUUAGAUAGAAUUAAAUUCAAAGAAUUCCUGGGCACUUCAGAAGAUGUUGAAAAUGAUCUUCUGGACAUGUGUUCUAAUGGAAAAGUAACAGAUGGUCUGGAUGAAGCUGUUAACUAUAUAGACUAUGAAGAAGAGGACGACACAGAUGCUUUAUUCAACAGAGAUUUGUUUGGACUUGGUGAUUCUCACGGAUCUAAAGGUUUGGGUUUAGAAUUAGAUGAUGAUGAGUUCAAUCCGAGAAGUACUGUUCUUGAGCUGGGUAAGGAUGAGUUUGAUGAUAGUGAUAAUGAUCAGUGCGACUAUGCUACCGAUAUUGACUAUUCUCCCAGGGCCAAAGGCUUAGAACUGCAUGAAGAUAGUUCUGAUAACGAUGGUACCCCUAGGGUCAAAGAUGCAAAGAUUUUUAGCAAUGAGUUUAAAAUUGGGUAUUCUGCCUCAACCGAGUUUGAAAAGCGUAAUAUGCCUUCAUGCCUGAAAGAUGAUGAACAAAGAGUGGCCGACGAAGUACUUUUUGGAUCUAUGAAAGCGGAGAGGGAAGAAAAUCCUCUUACUGUGAAGGACGAUAUUAAUUUAAAAAAAGUCAAUGCAAAGGAUUACCACAAUAUUUCAAGUUCCGAAGUCAGCAAAAACGCUUCAUCGAGAGACAUUUUACAGAUUUUGAACCAUAACGAUCAAGGAUUAGUUUUCAGGCCUCAAAGUCAAGAGAUUCAGAUGCAGCAUCAACCUUCUGCUUCGAUUCACAGACAUAGAUCUCUUAAGUUUCAUCAUCUAGCAAGCAAUAUUGAAGAUUCAAGAUACUUAAAUGGAAAUACACCAAAAAAGUUUGGUACACAGGAAGAGAUUUGGGAAGACUCAGCAUUAGAUGAAGUUAACCUUAUCCCUGAGGAUUAUGAGUAUGACAGUGAUUACGAGAAUGCUUUUGAUGACAGAAGCAACCACAGUAACGAAAGAAAUAUGAAAAGCAAUAGGUUUUCCACAAUGGUUUCAUCGACUGAUGAAUUAAAUUUUGGUAUUGGUGACGCAGGCCAAAGUAUUAUCAGCAACGAGCCACAUCUAUGGAAAAACCUUAUCAAUAAAACUGCAGAAUACCCUUCAGAUGCUGGUUCUGUGAGUAGAAGCAGGAGUAUUCAGCAUGUUGAGCGAAUCCAGCUUGACAAUCGUACAAUUACUUUGUUCAAUCGCCCGCGGGAGGAGAUAAAUCAGGAUAUAUCGAAUACAAAAGAGGAACAUUGUUUAGGCAACAAUGAGAAUAGCGAAGAGUCGGGACUCACUCAUACCAGGCCGCACUAUGAAUUCACGUUGCACUGA